UCUAUCCGUCGGUUAUAUUCAAUUAUCAAUAGUCUUCAUCACCUUCAUGAAGGUGCAUGCCGUUUUUGUUAUUGUUGUUGUUGUUAUUGUUGUCGGAUUAAUCUAAAAAUAUCUUUCCAAUAUGAGUGAUAUAGUUGAACGAACUAGAGAAUUUAUACCGAACGAUAUUAUCGAACCAUCAUUAGCAGAACGAGAAAAAUUACUUGAUUCUCGUAUUGAAGAAUUACGACAGAAACGUGAAUCAUUUGAUCCGAAUACCCAAUUUGUUGGUAUACGACGAUUAGGAUCAAGCUAUACGGUUGCUGAACCAUUUGCAUAUUUCGAUGGACCAAGUGAACAACAACUUCGUUUUGAUCAUGUUACAUUUAUUGGUUUGUCCGCAUUUAUAUUUGCUGGUGCUGCAGUUUUUGUUGGCCAAAUGAAAAAUCUUCCCCAUGUUGUCAGUUUAUUUCGUGGUACAUUAGCGGCAAUACCGGGUGGAUAUUUUGGUCAUAAAUUUUAUGAUUUUCGUCGACAACUUGGCCGUAAAAAGAAUAAUACUUAUUUUGCUUAUGCACUUUUACAUGAAAAAGAUUUUCCAAAAAUUGAAAGAAAAAAAUUCAACGAUAUUACCCGUGAUUUUACUGCCCAUCGAUCAUUGAAUAUAUCCGUACUUGGAUUGAGAUGGUGAAUUUGAAAAUCGAAUCGAACCAUUUAUUAAAAAAAAUUGAAUUGUCAUCAAUAGCGAAUUUGAAUUGAUUUGCUUGUGUAGUUAUAUUAAAAUGAUGGAAUAAAUCAUUUCGAAAAAAAA